AUGCCUUCACAGCAGACGACGACAGCUGCUGCUGCCGUGUACAAACGUCACCAGGGUGGAUCACGAACGGUGUCCCUACUCAUUAGUUUUCUGAUUUUUACCUAUUGUCUGCCAGCCGUCUGCGCCAUGUCUCGCGGUCAACUUCUCCAUCGCCUUCCAGAUGAAGCCAGACCGGAAAGCCCCAUAGAGAGCCUAGCUAGGAGACCCAGUCUGGAAGUUGACUUAGUCUGCGGGCCUCACCCCUUUGACCUCCUAAUGUCUGGAAUUCUGCGCUCGCUGAAGGAUAAUUCGGUGGAAAAUACCCUAAUAAUUGCCAACGCGAUGACGUCCCUCUACCGCAUUCAGCCCAAGUUCUAUGCAUUCCUAAUGCAAUGCACUUCAGCGUGGAAUCGAUGUCAGCGAGAACAGCUAGAGAACCGGCUACUGGACAAACUGAGCGGCACAGAAUCGCCCCUGCCCAUACAACCGGCUGAUUGGCAAAUACAAUGUGGAAAGGGCCUGAGUUUGUAA